GUUCUAGUGCUCUCACGUGUCAAAGCCAAACAACAACAUCAAUAUCUGAGAAUCACAUCCAACUUCUUCAGUUGAUAUUUUUAUGAUUUAUGGAUUUGGUUUCGUCUGCAUUGAUAUCCAAUAUUGUUCCGUAUUGAUCUGAUUUGAGAAACGUGUGUGUAGAAAUGGCGCCGAUCGAAAUCGAUCAGGAUCCAAGUCUCCUUCCAGCUUCACAGCUAGGAGGACAUAUACUCUUGACGUCGUGUUUGACAGCUCUUGUCUCUCGCACCAUUUAUCGUUCAUAUCUGGCACUCCCGCCUUCAUCAGCCACAAGACAUCGUCAACCGUUAAGACGUAAUCAUGUUAGGAUAUUCAUCAGUUUGGCUUUCUUGGGUCUGAUUACUGCUGGGUGGUUUGGUGUCAGUGGGGCUAGUUUGAGCUAUAGAGUUUGGGCUAUCGAGAGGGGCGUUGAGCUGCCUGAUAGUCUUUUCGGCGAUAGAGGUGCCUUUCGAUUGGGCCAACAUCCAGGUCGAUUCGAAAUCAUCAGAUGGCUUAACGACACACCUUUCUACCGUGAUAACCUUGAGAUAGUCGCCGAAAAUACAAGAUACUUUUGGUGGGGUCAGCAAGCUAAUUUUGCUAUGAAUUCGUUCAGUACCUAUGUAGCUAUCGAAGGACGCCGAAGGAAUAUCUCUAAUUUGUGGGCAUUCAUUCUUCUGGGACAGCUUGUUAAUGUAUCAUUUGCUCAAAAUCUGUGGUUCGUGGCUAUUCUAUUGACUCCAGUUCCAUUGCCAGAGAACGUGGACGUCUUGACUGAUACGAGGAGAGUUUUUGGGAGUGUGCACAAAUUAUGGUUUGAGAAGAUAGUUCCACAACGAUCUCACAAUUGGCUACCAAGCUCUGGUUUCUACAUUGCCUCACUUAUAUUUGGGUAUGGUGCCUUGUUCUUGACACCUUUUGCAGCAAAUACAUCUUCAUUUGGGACAGUAGCACUCUUAUCGGUCUCACUUCCAUUCGCACCACUGUUACUUCCAUACAUCAUACCUGAGCAUUGGGGAACCACGUACGACCACCCACAUGAAGCUCAUUCUUCAUACACGAAAAUAUUUCGCAGUAUCUCCAUUAUAUCCUCGAUUCUUCAUGUUAGAACCACAGGAUUGGCUUUACUCUACAACACACCAGAGAAUCACUAUUACCGUCACAGUCUACUUCAUCCGCUCGAAAAAGUCUAUCGAUCAAACACAAAUCGUGCAUUCACAGCUGUAGAAAGAGUCUUCGGUGCUAUAUCGGACCACCCUGCUGUAGCAUCUGUUGGAUAUGAUGUUAUUCUUUCCGGGUUAAGUCUUGGGACAUGGGCUGCUGUGAGAGGAUUGGAUGGUAUUGAGAUUUUACGAGUGGUUAUCCCUUGGAUGAAGAAAGUAAAGGCAGGAGUAAAGGUUAAGGAGGAAGUGGAGGGUAUUUCUAAAUUAAGCGACACGCCAUCUCCAAUUCGUCGCCGAGGCCGUCCCAGGAAAUCCAACAGAUCUUCACAGGAUGCCGCAUAUGUCCCAACGGCUACUGCUACUACAAGUCUAGCUGAAGGUGAUUAUGAUGAAGAUGAGGAUUGGGAAAUUGCAGCUCUUACAUGGGGUGUAUUGUCCUCUACAGGUCUAGGUGUUGGCAGCGCCGGAGUUUAUGGUGCGGAGAUGACAGCUAGGUGAGAGGCUGGUGGAACUGAGGAGGAAGGGGGAGGAUAUUUUGAAUGAUGAAUGAAGCGAGAUGAAGGGUUGGACUGAUAAUGAGAUAAAUGCAAAGGGAGUUAUGGUUGGAUUGUCUAUUGGUAAAUUGGCGUAAGACAUGCUCACACGGCUCAACGGUAAGUAACAUUAUUGGGUCUAACUACUAUUGCUAGAAGAAGCUUUGGAGGUGACAAUCAUGACUUUACCGCUAUGGUAUUCACAUCUCACAAGCAAUUACAUGGUGCUUACACUAUCGGCGGGAAGUACAAAGCUCCCUCAAUCUACGUGUUGUGUUGUGAAAGAUUCGUGCAGUCAGCCAUACAAGUCAUUAGCCUAGCCUCAUUAACGCACUUUCCACUUCCUAAUUUCAGAUUUACCUACCAAACUCA